AAGUUAGAGUGAGAAAAAAUAUAUUUAUUUUAUUUUAAUUUAUUGCACUAGUUUAGUAGUGCAACUGAAAAGAACAGACCAAAGGCGUGCAACCAGAGAGAGAGAGAGAGAGAGAGAGAAUGUACGGAGGGUUAACGUGACAGUGACAAGAUGCAAAUCCAAAAAGGAUAGACUUUUUAGAGAACUUUUAAUAAAAUAUAUACACAUAUAUAUACAGAAUUUGUAUAAAAUAUUAUUUGUAAAAUAUAUAUAACCGCUCCUAUAAAAAUGUGUGAGGUUAUAGUUUUGUUUAACGGCUAUUCCAAGCAAUUAAAUGAAACGACGAUGGAUUCAAAUUGUACUUGCACACUGAUAAAAGGUCCUAAGUUGAUUAUAGUUGAUACAAUGACUGCUUGGGAUCGUGAAAAAAUACUGGAUGCACUUGCACAGCACAAUAUUAGUCCAAUAGAUAUUGAUUAUGUCGUUUGCACUCAUGGCCAUUCCGAUCAUAUAGGAAACAAUAAUCUAUUCACAAAUGCAGAACAUAUCGUAGGAUAUUGUGUUCAUCGUGGUACCAUGUUCUUUGACAAGAAUAUUAUAAAUGAAGAUUAUGAGCUCUGUCCAGGUGUUAAAAUUGUAUAUACUCCAGGACAUACUGGGGAAGAUGUUACCGUACUAGUAGAAACAAUGAAAAAUGGGGAGAAAAUAUGCUUUGCUAUUACAGGAGAUUUGUUUGAGAAAGAAGAAGAUAUUCUAUCACCACACAUCUGGAAAUCAAUGGGAACAUCAGAGUUUUUGAAAACUCAGUAUAGGAUGCGAAAACAUAUAAUAAAUCUUGCAGAUUAUAUUAUACCUGGACAUGGGCCAAUGUUUCAAGUAACUGAUUAUAUGAGAAAGAUUAUAGAUACUCAGAAAUCAUCUUUGCUGCAAGAUUUAUCUAAUAAAACCUAAUUAAAUUGAUAUUA